UGCCACACCUUGAGCUUGCUCUUUCCCCUGGUCUAGAGUGAGACAGGACUUGCCCUCUUACCUAACCAUAUGAGGAAGAGACCACUCUGGGAAACAGCAUGGCGACUGCAGGGAAGGUCAUCCGGUGCAAAGCUGCUGUCGCAUGGGAGGCUGGGAAACCUCUGGUGAUGGAGGAGGUGGAGGUGGCCCCUCCGAAAGGCGGGGAAGUUCGCCUCAAGAUCGUGGCCACGGGGAUCUGCCACACGGACUCCUACACUCUCAGCGGGUCCGACCCCGAGGGGGUUUUCCCUUCAGUGCUGGGCCACGAGGGAGCCGGCAUCGUGGAGAGCGUCGGAGAGGGAGUCACCCAGUUUCAGCCAGGGGACACGGUCAUACCCUUGUACAUCCCACAGUGUAGAGAGUGCAAGUUCUGUAAAAGUCCCAAAACCAACUUGUGUCAAAAGAUCAGGCUCACUCAGGGCAAAGGCUUGAUGCCGGAUGGGACGACCCGUUUCACCUGCAAAGGCAGGAGCCUCUUCCACUUCAUGGGCUGCAGCACAUUCUCGGAGUACACUGUGGUGGCUGAGAUCUCCCUCGCUAAAGUGGACCCCCGGGCCCCUCUGGACAAGGUGUGUCUGCUGGGCUGUGGCAUCACCACGGGUUACGGAGCUGCUCUCAACACCGCCAAGGUGGAGGCCGGCUCCACCUGCGCAGUGUUUGGCCUGGGGGCGCUGGGCCUUGCGGCAGUCAUGGGCUGUAAAGAAGCCGGGGCGGCCAGGAUCAUUGGAGUCGACCUCAACCCCGACAAGUUUGAAACCGCACGGGAGUUCGGUGCCACCGAGGUGGUGAACCCAAAGGACCAUGGCAAGCCGAUCCAAGAAGUCCUGGUAGAGAUGACUGAUGGCGGCGUGGACUACUCCUUUGAAUGUGUGGGCAAUGUGGCAAUCAUGAGGGCAGCUCUGGAGGCCUGCCACAAAGGAUGGGGCACUAGCGUCAUCAUCGGAGUGGCAGCAGCCGGGCAAGAGAUCUCCACCAGGCCCUUCCAGUUGGUGACCGGACGCACCUGGAAAGGCACCGCCUUUGGAGGAUACAAGAGCGUCGACAGCGUUCCAAAACUGGUGGAGGCGUACAUGAGCAAGAAGCUCAAAGUGGACGAGUUUGUGACUCACACUCUGCCCUUUGAGAAGAUCUCUGACGGGUUUGAUCUCAUGCAUGCCGGGAAAUGCAUCCGAGUCGUCCUCCAGUUUUAGAAGCGAAGGAAGCACGGGAGGAAACGCCACUGCUCAGUUUAAUAAAUAAUCUUUCAAUUCCCUG